UAAGGGGAAGAGCUGAACGGGAGCCCGUGUGGAACGAGAGCCAAGUGUGUGAAAACCAGCAGCAGAGACGGCACAAACUCGACCGGGUCGCUCCAGCCAAUCAGCUCGCAGCAUUUCAACCGCUCAGAUACACGCACCAACCGUUCGAAUUGCCAUGGAGACCCCCGGCCAGAAACGCGUCUCCCGCAGCGGAAACUCCCCCCUGACCCCGAACCGCAUCACCCGCCUGCAGGAGAAGGAGGACCUGAGCAACCUCAAUGACCGGCUGGCCGCCUACAUCGACAAGGUGCGUUCGCUGGAGGUGGAGAACGCCGGGCUGCGGAUGCGCAUCACCGAGUCGGAGACGGAGGUCGGCCGCGAGCUGUCGGGCAUGAAGGCGGCCUACGAGACGGAGCUGGCCGACGCCCGCAAGACCCUUGACUCGGUGGCCAAGGAGCGCGCGCGGCUGCAGCUGGAGCUGGGAAAAGUGCGGGAAGAGUACAAGGAGCUCAAGGCCAGGAACACGAAGAAGGAGGCCGACCUGGAGGCGGCCGUGGCCAGGCUGAAGGACCUGGAGGCCCUGCUCAACUCCAAGGACGCCGCGCUGACCACCGCCCUGGGCGAGAAGCGCAGCCUGGACGCCGAAGCUCGCGACCUUAAGGCUCAGCUGGCCAAGCUGGAGGGCAGCCUGAGCGACGCUAAGAAGCAGCUGCAGGAUGAGAUGCUGAGGAGGGUGGAUGCCGAGAACCGCAUCCAGACCCUGAAGGAGGAGCUGGAGUUCCAGAAGAACAUCUGCAACGAGGAGCUGCGGGAGUCGAGGCGGCGCCACGAGUCGCGCCUGGUGGAGAUGGACAGCGGGCGGCAGCGCGACUACGAGAGCAAGCUGGCCGAGGCCCUCCUGGAGAUGCGCGCCCAGCACGAGGAGCAGCUGAAGAUCUACAAGGCGGAGAUCGAGAAGACCUUCAACUCCAAGCUGGAAAACGCGCGCCAGUCGGCCGACAGGAACAGCCACCUGGUGGGCGCGGCCCACGAGGAGCUGCAGCAGACGCGCAUGCGCAUGGAGUCUGUGUCGGCGCAGUUGAGCCAGCUGCAGAAGCAGCUGGUGGCCCGUGACGCCCGGGUACGGGAGCUGGAGGAGUCACUGUCCAGGGAGAGGGACGCUACGCGGCGCAUCCUGGCCGACAAGGAGCGCGAGAUGUUGGAGAUGCGCCAGCGUAUGCAGGAGCAGCUGGAUGAAUAUCAGGAGCUGCUGGACAUCAAGCUGGCCUUGGACAUGGAGAUCUGUGCUUACAGGAAGCUGCUGGAGGGAGAGGAGGAGAGGCUGCGUCUGUCCCCUAGCCCCCCUCCGACGCGUGUCACCGUGAGCCGCACCACCGGUUCCGGGUCCCACGCCCGUGUCGUCAACUCGAGCGCCAUGAACUCGUCGAGCAAGAAGCGCCGACUCAACGAUACCGACAGCGAGGCCUCCAGCACAGCAGGGGGCGCCAUGGCUCGCACCCGCAUCACCCAGCAGGCCAGUGCCAGCGGCCGCGUCACCGUGGACGAGGUGGACCUGGAGGGCAAGUAUGUGCGCCUCAGCAACAAGGCUGACCAGGACCAAUUCCUGGGCAACUGGCAGGUGAAGAGGCAGGUGGGCUCCCAGCCCCCCAUCAUCUACAAAUUUGCCGCGAAAUUUACUCUGAAGGCGGGGCAGAGUGUCACGAUCUGGGCAGCCGGAGCAGGCGGAACCCACAACCCGCCCUCUGACCUGGUGUGGAAGAGCCAGAGCUCCUGGGGCUCUGGGGACCAGUUCCAGACCAUGCUGAUCAGCGCCAACGGGGAGGAGAUGGCGAUGAGGAAGGUCACCCGAAUGCUGCUCCAGGAUGAUGAAGAUGAUGAGAUGGCAGCCCACAGCACGUGCGGCGACGGCGAGUACAACCUGCGCAGUCGCACCGUGGUCUGCGGCUCAUGCGGCCACCUGGGCAACCCCACGGUGACGGGCAGCUCCGCCGUGUCCAGCGCCACCGUCUCGCGCACCUUCCGCAGCGGCGGCCUACCCGAGGGAUUCAUUUCCCCCUCGUACGUGGUGGGCAGCAACUCCCCCCGGCAGAGCGGACCCCGGGCUGACAGCUGCUCCAUCAUGUGAACACAGCUACGCCUCGUUAGGAAGAGCACCCAGGUUGUGAGGGACCCUCACCUUCUUUUUUUUUUCCUUUUUUACACUUUUUCUAUAAAUGAAAUUAUGCGUUUUAUAUGUAAGCGUCGAAAAACAGACCUUGUUUUGGAGUAAUAUUUAGUGUCGCUGUGCUGUGCUUUGCUUUGCUUUCCGCAUUGUAUCAUUUGCUGCUUUACUCUAUGUCAUACACCCGGGUUUAGUCAGGGGGGUGUUGGUUCCGUUCAGAGGCCACGCCCAGUCACUGUUCAACCUGCCAUGGGCCGGCAGUCACAGGCCCAGAGCCACAUGCAAGGGUUCAAACUGUGGAUGUGAUCUGGUUGUCAUGGCAACCACCUAAACUCUUUUUUUUGGGGGCUUCUAUUGCUUGUAUUUCUUUGCCGUCUCUCAUACUUGUGAACUGUGGGUUUUUUCCUCUGGUCUUCACCGAAGUGAACAGUAAUUUAAAUGAUACGUAGUAAGGGGGACACAUCGGAUCCCUUUAUUGAUGCCAGCGACAGAAUUAUUGUGAUAAUGAAAAACUGUAAUCUGGAUGUUUACCAGAUGCUUUCAUAAAUUGCAGGAAGUUUCAGAACAGUUCCUAGACGUGUAGCUAGUAAACAGAUUUGAAAAUAUUUUUUAUAUCUACCGAAAAGCUGUUUUCCAAGGCCUUCAGAGAAAUUAAUUUUUGCCUCAUUUUAAAAAUGAAAGAAAGUUAUGUGGUGAAUUAAUGGUUUAGUUCCUGAAAACAGCUUUAUUUUUAAUUACGGUACAGUAAUUAUAACAGAGCAGCAAAGCUGAUUGCAAAGUACAGAGGUCCUUAUAAAGGGGCUCCAGCUGCACUGUAAACAGUGCAAAACAUUUGAACAAAUGCUAAUUAAGGUGGUGAUCAUACUGAGCACCUUUCCUGAGCAGUAUGAAAACACUUGUGGCGCUGUUUAGUGGCCUUUCUGUAAAUACUUUGGACUAUUAAAUUGGCAUUUUCCUUCCAUUUGUCAGGGAAAAGGCUGUCUAGACAUUGAUGGCGUUAUUAAAAUAGUGAUAUACAAAGUGAUGACUGCAUUACUGACGGAGAGAUGCUGUUACAGGUCGACACCUGAUUUAUGGUACACGUGAUCAUGUGCACUCAGUUUACACUCCGGAAAUGUUAUUUUUGAAAUAGGAAUUAUACUGCCCUGUGUGGGGAAAAAUGUGUGGAUUUUCACCACAUCGCUUGGUGUGUGAGCACUCUCAGGUCCCGGGAGGCAGCAUAGUCUACGACCCACUACCCCGAUACAUCCUGUUUUAUUAAACCCUUUUGCUAUACUGCGCCUGUGGCGCGGAGUGACCUCUACACUGUGUCCGUGGUGUGGGGACCAUGGGGGCGAUGAAGAAAAUAGACAGAACUGCUUGCUUGCUUUGUGCAGUAGGGUGGAGAUGGCCAGGGCUCUGUAUGUGUGUGUCCAGGAUCGCUUUCUCUAUUAUUACUGUUGUGUUGCAUUAGAGCUUUAAUGUGCCGACAAAGUGCCUUACAAGAAAGAGGAAUGUUGUUCAUGGGUGUUCAGGAAAGAACAGGUGUAACAUGCAGUAAAGGAAAAAAAUACUACGGUGUGGCUGAGUUUCAUCAAAGUCACCAAGCUAACAUAUUACCUAUUAAAAAAUGCGAAGUACGGAAAAGGAGCAGAUGAACAGCACCACACACCAAAGUGCGCAAAAUGUGCAGUGAAACUUGUUGCUUGAUAGUUAAAAUGAUUGUACAACAGAAGCACAGUGACCAUGGUGCAUUAAUACCCCACCAGAUGAGAUCCAAGUGUGUUUUGAGCAUGAUAAACUAAUUUCCUUCCUUGGAAAUGUAGAAAAGGACCAAUAAUUUCUGUAAUACUGCCACCUCUAUUUUGCUGAAUAUAAGACUUGGACUAUGAAAAGUUGCAGUGCUGUCAACUGAUGAUACUCUUGUCUUUUUUGGAAAACCCAGUUUCAGAAAUUUCUGUGAAAGCCGCUUUAACCAUGAUUUUUAAAUAAAUAACUCCACAAACCCA